AUGAGUCUGCGGAAGCUGAAGUGGCGAGGUAUCGGCCGCUUGGAAUUGCUUGCAUGGCUCAACGAGUUCCUCCAGACCGACUAUACGAAGGCAAGGAAUCAUUUUGAUUACGAAACCUCUUUUCUUACUGAUACGUACCUUGAUGGCAUCGCGUAUUGUCAGAUCUUUGAUGCCUUGUACCCAGGCAAAAUAAAUCUGCUGCGACUCAAUUUCCGAGCUCGAAUCGAGACAGAGUACGAGCACAAUUUCAAGGUGCUUCGGCGUACCUUUCAUCUAUGUGAUAUCCGAAAGGUGUCGUGUGGUCACUAUAUAGGAGAUUCCCGCUCGAAAACUUGUCCAGGGUAUUUUUCAGGAACAUUUUGA